GCAGGGUGCCGUCGGCAGCCAUUUUAUAGAAACAAACCAAUAUCAGGAAGUGACUUUGGUAUAACUUGUGGCAACUAUUUCGAUUUUUACAUUGUAGUGACGCGCCAAUUAUGUUUCGCAGAUGUUAGUGUUUAAUUGUUAAAAACUGAAAGACUUGGCAACAUAAUCAUGCCAUCCUUAUUUCCAUCGCAUAUAUUCAAAAGGGGCGCACCCGAGACACCAGGGGAAGUUCAACCAGUAGCAGAAACAGAACCGCCAACGGUACUAGACAUUGUCGCAACAUCCCCGGCUCCAAUCAAAGAUGUUACGGACUUACAGGACCUAACCACCCCGAUAGAGACAACAGGUGGGGAACCAUUUGAAAAACAUAUUUUUGGUAACAAAAAAUUUCAUCCAUCUCAUGGUCGCACAACCCCACAUCCGGAAGCAGUGAAACCCAACACCACGGACACCUUUGUUAACAACAUUGUGUCGCUAGCUAAUAAGGAAGGAAUCGACACAUGGAUGCUAGUAUCUAUUCUAAUUGCUGUCUCUAUUGUAAUACUCGGAAUAUGUUUCUGCUGUAUAAGAAGAUGUUUUCGAAAGAGAAGAGCAAAGGAUGGCAAAAAGGGUAUGAAAGGUGUAGAUUUGAAGUCUGUCCAGCUAUUAGGAUCGUCUUACAAGGAAAAGGUACAGCCGGAUAUGGAUGAAUUAACGGAAAACGCAGAAGAACCUGAUGAAGGAGAAAAACCUGAAGUUCAAAAAUUGGGAAAACUACAAUACAAGCUGGAAUACGACUUCAAUCAAAAUAGUUUCUCAGUGACCGUUAUCCAAGCUGAGGAGCUACCAGCUCUUGAUAUGGGCGGAACGUCAGAUCCUUACGUAAAAGUUUAUCUUCUUCCUGAUAAGAAAAAGAAAUUCGAAACUAAGGUGCACAGAAAAACGCUGAAUCCUGUUUUUAACGAAACGUUCGUUUUCAAGAGUUUACCAUACUCAGAAGCCAUGAAUAAGACUCUAGUAUUCGCCAUCUUUGAUUUCGACCGUUUCUCCAAACACGACCAGAUAGGAGAGGUGAAGGUGCCCCUCUGCACCGUCGACUUGGCCCAAACAAUCGAGGAAUGGCGAGAGCUGCAGAGCGUUGAGGGCGAAGGUGGUCAGGAAAAUAAGUUGGGAGAUAUAUGCUUCUCGUUGCGGUACGUUCCGACUGCAGGAAAAUUGACUGUUGUUAUUCUGGAGGCUAAGAACUUGAAGAAAAUGGACGUCGGUGGAUUGUCAGAUCCUUAUGUGAAGAUCGCCUUGAUGCAAAAUGGAAAGCGGCUGAAGAAGAAGAAGACUAGUAUUAAAAAAUGCACUCUGAAUCCUUAUUAUAAUGAAUCGUUUACAUUUGAAGUACCUUUCGAACAAAUACAGAAAGUGAAUUUGGUGGUAACGGUUGUAGACUACGAUAGAAUUGGAACAUCAGAACCCAUCGGCAAGGUUGUUUUAGGCUACAAUGCUAGCGGUACUGAACUCCGUCACUGGUCGGACAUGUUGGCCUCACCACGUAGGCCGAUAGCACAAUGGCAUACGCUAAAAGACCCUGAAGAUGAAAAGAAAGACUAAGACAAAUAAGUCGCCUACAACGCUGAUACCAUAUAAAGAUUUAAAUAUACUCAUUGUUGUAUUGAAGUCUACCCUUCGAUUAUAUGAAAUCACCGUCAGUGUUAACAAUCUCAUCAUUAUUUAAAUAGUGUCCAAUUUAUUGUUCCAAGCUUUCUUAUCCUCUCAAUUGUAUGAGUUCUGUUUCUGCAGCAUUUGAUAUUAAUAAUAAAUUGUAUAAUAUUAUAAAAAAAAUCACAUCUUACUAUUUCUAAUAGUUCAUUUUAGAUGUGUUACUUUAAACUAGAUAGUUCUAGAAUAAAAACAAUGUGUUUUUUCUUAAUUAACAUUGAUUCUGCUGCACUUUAUGAAAUUUAGAAAUUCAUACAUAUGAGAGGUAGAUGUAAAAAAUCUUUUAAAGCGUAAACUCAUGAAAAAUAAUCUAAGCUUGAACUUAUUGUGUUUAUGUAACAGUUCACUUAAAUUAUCUAGAUCAUUUUUUAUUUGAUAAUUUUAUCAAUAUUUUUGCAUUAAUUCGAUAGAAAAACUUGAAACAAAGCUCAGGAAAAAUGUUGUCUUUAUUAAUUCUUUCAAUUUUUUCUAUCAAAAUUUAUUUCACAAAAACUGAUUAAACUUCUGUUUAUUUUAUUUUAUUUAGAAAAAAAUUAUUGUAUUCUAAUUGAUUUUUAUUAAAAAAAAAACUUAGUUUAGUAGAAAAUUAUACUGACAAUAGGAACUGUAGAAUAGAGAGAAAAAUGUAAAUUGAUUAUAUGAAAAAUUAAUUUAAUAAACAGUGCACAAUAUGAUGAUUUCACUUGUAGGACCGCCAUUGUAUAUUACAGAUACAUUUAUUUUUGGUACAGGAUGUUCUAAUGUAUUAACAGUGUGUCCAUAAUGUAAGUAUUAUUUUAUUUUUAGUUGAACAAACUUUUUUGAUAGAAAUUCCAGUGACGGGUAAUUUUUUUUGUUUAAUUUUAAUUUACUGUAUUUAUACACAGUAAUUUAAUACCAAGAUAACCAUCGAUAGCUUUGUUUAAAUGAUAUAUAUAUAUUUUUUAUUUUUUUAAUUUUUAUGCUUCCCUUUCACAUGAUACACGCUGGUUACAAAAAUUUAGUUCUUAUUUCAUCCGCGAGAUAGCGUCUCCACUCGAAUAUGGUGCAUGUAGCGUAUGCGAUGCUUUAAUCAAAAUUAAUUAAUUUAUAGGUAUUGGUGAUAGGUCUGUGUUUAACACUGAACGUAGAGGCAUCAAUAUACAGGGUGUGCCACCGGUAUCGCCUCGGUCUGCAGAGGUAAAACUAUUUGAUCUUUUUAAAAUCUGUUUCCACAACGAAAUGUAUAUCGGAAAAGCCAACAAUUUCAAUAAUACAGGGUUCUUCAAGAAAGUGAUAGGUAUCAAAGUUAGGUUUUUUUUUUAAAUAGGACAUCCUGUAUUUUAUUUUAUGUUUCAAUUUCUACUGCUUUCUCUAUUAUACCAAUACCAAAUAGUAUGAGAUUAUAUAGAGUAUUUCUCACUCUCUAACCAGUUUUAUAUGAAAAUUGUUUUGCUUUCAAUGAUAUCUAUACUGCAAAAAACCAAUAAAAGGUUUUCUAUAUCACUCAACAUUUUAACUCGAUGCACCAUUUUUUCAAUUUUAAACAAAUCUAUACAGGGUGAAUCAAAACUCAAAUACAUCAUUUUCUAUUUUUUUUUAAAUUAACCACCCUGUAUUGUAUAUUACUAUUUAAAGUAUCUUAAUUACAGCUAAGCCUACCCUAUAUCUAAACUUAAUAAUUUUGGGAGAUUUUUAAAUUUAAAUGACAAAAAAAUCAUUCACAAAAUAGUCUAAUUUUAACUGGCUUCUAAUUAACAGAAAAUAGAUUGCUUGUUAAUUAGUAUUCAAAAUUUAACCAGCUGUAAUUUAUUAUUGACUGAAUAAGUUUGUGAUAAUUUCUUACUGAAUUUUUAACGUUCAGUUAAAAAUAAAUACCAAUAGCAACCAAUCAUAGACUCACUCCAUUAUAAUAUCCACUUUAUUCUAGGUUUAUUAUAUUUUUAAGUUGAUUUUGAAACCUCCAAUACUAAUGAUGUUAGUAAUAAUGAACUUCAGUAUUACUUACGUCAUUAGUGUUGCAAUAUUUAUUUUUAAAAAAGUCUAACCAGUUUUUUAAUAUGACCUUUAGUCUUGAAUAAAAAGUAUUUCGAGUAUUACUUAAAAAGUGCUUAGAAAUGGAGUUCAACUCACAACUCACAUUUGAAACCCACCUUUAGACCUCUAUAAAUAUUAUUGGAGGCUAUUUAUUAGAAAAUAUUUUCUAAUUAAAUAAAUACUCUUAAUAUGAAACUUAAUAAACUUAGAAUAAAGUAGGUAGGUAUUAUGUCAAGUUAUAAUUUGCCAUUUUUAUUUCUUCUUGUAUUGAAUAUAAAAUUCGCAUUCGCUAUUAUCAAAAACUUAACCAGCAAUAAUAAGUUAUUGCUGGUUAAAUUUCAAUUAUCAACGUCUAUUUUCUAUCAACCAGUAACCAGUUAAACUUUUAGUAUUUUUUGAAUUAUCUCUUUUCUCAUUUAAAGUGUAAAAAUCUCUGAACAUUAUUAACGUUAGGUAUACGGAAUGCUCAACUCAAAUAAAACUUUAUUAUAGGUACUUUAAAAUAAUGAUAUAAAAUACAGGGUGGCCAAUUUAAAAAAAAUAAUGAUGUAUUUUUGUAUUUUGACUCACCAUUUACAGAUUUGUUUUGAAUUAAAAAAAGUAGUGCAUCAGCAUACAUUUUCACUAAAUCGAAAAACUUACACAGCAAAAAAUUGGUUUUCAAUUGUUUGCUGAAAUCAUUACAAUUUUCUUAAAAAAAUACCCUACAUAAUCUCAUACUAAUUGAUAUUGUUAUAAUGGGAAAAACAAGGGCAAUUCAAAUAUAAAAUAAAAUACAAUUAAGAAACCUAUCUUUGAAAUGUAUCACUUUCAAGGAGAACCCUGUAUAGCUGAAAUUAUUUUUAAAUUGUUGCCUUUUAUAACAUCUCGCAGUGAAAACCGAUUUCAAAAAAAUCAAAUAGUUUGGCUCCAUUGGCGAUUCAAAUUAAUUUUCGCGCGCCUGUCAUUUGUCAUCUAUAAUUAGGAUGUUUGUUUAUUGUCACGCUUAACGGUUAGGGAGGGGUAAUUAUUCUUUUUAAUGUGAUUAGGGGUCCUCGCUUGGCUUUGAGAGGUAAAAAUAGAUAAUCACCCACUUCCGCUAAGCGCGCUCUAGCCGAUGUUAAUCUCAAAAGGCUCAGAUUAACUUCUUGGUUUAGAAGGAAUCUGCGCCACUUAAGAUGAACCUCGGGUGACUUAAAUUACCGUAUAGAGAACUAAACUAGUUAUAAUAGAAAAUCAACAAAUACUUUAUUAAAUAUCGUAAUUAAAAGACGCAAAAGAUAUAAUAAAGAAUCAUUGUCAUUGGUUUUUUGAAAUUAUCUUUUUUUGUUCCAGUACUUUUAUUUUUCCUGUUUGAAUUUAUUUUAUGCUUUAUAUUUUAUGAACCACGAUUAUUUUUUUUUUGCGAUCGAUGACGACCACCCUUUUUGCCGUCUCGCAAAACUCUCCAUAACCCACUAGUCCAGUCAUUAUAUAGUAAGUUCACCUCGGAAUUCGAGAUACCCAGCUAUAAGUCUGUAAAUACUUGUAUAUUGACACCCUAAAAGUUGUCUCAAAACCUACAUAUGGUAGGGUGUACGCAACUAUUAAAUUUCAAAGUCAAAGGUCACAAAAAUCGGUUUUUGCGCUUUUUUUUGUAAAUAUCUCAUUAGGUUUUUUGCUAAUUGUAUUUAUUAGCAAUAUUGUAGAAUACAAAAUUCUCUACAAAUAUUGUUUCAAAUAAUUUUUGAUACGGUGAACCGUUUUCGAGAUAGAUGGCGGAGAGCGCGCGGUCACAGCAUCACUUGAGGUCAACCGGUGCCUCCGGUCGAAAACGCGCCAUUUAUAGUUGAUGAACUAUCGAUAAAUCAAUGAUUAUAAAUAUUUGUCAAUUAUUAUAUUUUAUCAUUUUUUUCCUAACCUAUCCACUUUUUAUUCAGUAUUAAUUUAUUUAACAACACUUACCUGCCGAUGUAAUUGCAUAAUUGUUAAUGAAAAUAUAGGAAUUAUAUUUGAAUUUUAACCUAAUUAAUAUUAAUAACUUCUUACAUGAUGAAAAAAAAAAAACAAAAAAUUAUGAAUUAAUCUUUUUAUUAAAAAAUAUCAUUCAAUACAUUUAUUUUUAUUAAAAGUAAAAAAAUGGAAUAAAAGAUACAAAAACUACAAUUUAUAAUUUUAAUCAUCUUCUUCCUUUUCAUCGUCGUCUUCUGGCUGCUGGUAAAUUUCAAACUGGUCUUCGUUAUCGUCUUCAACGACAUUUGUUUCAAGUUCUUCCAUGAUUUCAGGGUCAAAGGUUCCAUCUUCGUUAAUGUCGCUCUGAUAUGGUAGAGCAUUGAGACAAGCUUGCCCAUUACAUUGGCCACAAGCUAAAGAGCAUUGCAAGCCCGCUUUCCUGCAUCCGCAUCGCGAACCACAACCACUCUUGCAGUUGCAGAAAAUUGUAUUUAGCAAAUCUUCUGGAGCAGGUGGUAAAAUUGUCAUAAUAGGCUCCAGAAAAUCGUUUCGCAUUGCCCAACCCCAUGCCUGGGGUUCCAAAUCAUGCCCUAAUCAAGUUUGAACUUGAUAAUAUACACGUUUGAAAUGUUGAUGAGCAGCUGCACUUGUUGGUGGAAUAUUUGAAAGCUGCACAGGUUUAUUAAGUUUUGUAGACUUGACGUAAUGCAUAUAACGAAGAUGAUCGAGACUUUUCACAGAUUUCGGAGCAUUAUAGACUGCCAAUAAGGUUUGAUUUCCACUUUCUAAUAAUCUCUGGGCCGAACAAUUUUCUUCCUUAAAUGCUGCAAAUUUGUCAGUUUCUCAAAAACUUUUAAAAAUGAUUUUUUCCCUUUUUAAAAAGCGCAGAAGUUGUGUCACAGCCACUUAAUGCGUGCAGAAAUAAAAUAUGUGUUUUGAAAUGAGGAUAAUUAUCAAAACUUUUAGUCGAGUAUAUCUCCGUUUUUACAUUUCCUUUCCCAACUUUUUUAAAGAAAAUUUCUUGUUCGUAAGACAGUGUAUGCCCAAUUAAAAUGACAAGUAAAUCAAUAUCUUUCCUAUUAUAACUGCAGUUUUUUCAGACUUUGAUUCUUCAAUUGCAGUUUCAACAAUAAGAACAUCCGCAUCAUCUCUGGCUUGUUUAGUAGUAAUAUUUGCAGCUUGUAAUUUUUCAAUUAACAUAUUAAUGAGCAUAUCUUUGUUAUUUCGAUUUUAUAAGAAUGUUCUUGAGUAAAUGGUACAACCAUUGUUUCAUCGAAAUAGACUUCAUACGUUUUUUGAAAGUGCAGCAGUUCUUUUCUGCUGCUCCAUAGCUUUUACGUUCUUACUGUAGUCUGAAUUUUUUUAAACAAAAUUUGUAGAGAAUUUUGUAUUCUACAAUAUUGAUAAUAAAUACAAAUAGCAAAAAACCCAUAGGAAAUGAGAUAUUUACAAAAAAAAAGCGCAAAAAAACGAUUUUUGUGACCUUUGACCUUGAAAUUUAAUAGUUGCGUACACCCUACCAUAUGUAGGUUUUGAGACAACUUUUAGGGUGUCAAUAUACAAGUAUUUACAGACUUACAGCUGGGUAUCUCGAAUUCCGAGAUUCUUACCUAAUUUAAGCUUAAAUGACCGGACUACACUGAAUAAAACCGACUAGGUUCGAUUUCGCAAGACUUCCAAAAUCCUCGAGUCAGCACAAAGUUUAUUAGUUUUUAACUUAAUUGUUUUGAAACUAUGAAAUGCAUUCUCUACGAUUUAAAAGUAUUUCGAAAUCGACCUACUAUUCAGAAAUAAUUUAACAUACAGGAUGUUAAAUUAUUUACUGAGUCGAAUAAAAAUAAUUUAAUUCCAUUUAAGGAAUAAUUGUGACAUGCCUCCCCUCCAAGAAAACCGGACCCCGGUUUUAAAAUUAACAAAUAUGUUGUCAUACAAAUGUGUAAAAAAGGGUAUAUACAAUACAUACAAAACAAAUAUAAAAAAAAACAAAUUAUUUAAAAAUGAAUAAGUAAAUAUAUAAAUUGUCUAAUUGAAUAAAAAAAUAAUUAUAACAAAAAAAUUAAUUACUAUACAAUUAAGUCUUUUUAUUUUUUACGCUCACUCACACACUUGUUUUUUAGCAAAAUCCAUCUCUCAAUUAAUGUUCGACCGAUUUGCACACUAUUGGACACUGAAGCUAAGUCCGUACCUGGCACAUCUCAAUUCUGUUUCGGUGUUCCCUUCUCGGUACUGACAAAUGAGAUGAACAGAAUUCUUCUUUUCGAUUUUGUUCAUUGUCAAAUACAUUAUUUAUGACUCUUUCGGGAAAAUCAGAAGAAUUUUAUGGAACUACAGAAUGUUCUGGAAUUGAUGAAAGCUCUGGAAAUGCAAAAUUUCUUGAAAUUGCAGAAUUUUUUUCUGUAGAAUUAUAUAUAUUUUUUUCUGAGGUUGGUUUUUUGAAAUUAUCUUUUUUUGUUCCAGUACUUUUAUUUUUCCUGUUUGUCGCUUUAUCUUCCUUCCGAUUUUGUUCAUUGUUAAAUACAUUAUUUAUGACUCCUUUGGGAAAAUCAGAAGAAUUUUCUGGAACUACAGAAUGUUCUGGAAUUGUAGAAUGCUCUGGAAAUGCAAAAUUCCUAAAAUGAAAUUAAAUUUGCUAAAAAACAAGUGUGUGAGUGAGCGUAAAAAAUAAAAAGACUUAAUUGUAUAGUAAUUAAUUUUUUUGAAUUUUUGAAUAUUUUUUUUUACAUAUAAACGAGUUAUAAUUAUUUUUUUAUUCAAUUAGACAAUUUAUAUAUUUACUUAUUCAUUUUUAAAUAAUUUGUUUUUUUUUAUAUUUGUUUUGUAUGUAUUGUAUAUACCCCUUUUUUUACACAUUUGUAUGACAACAUAUUUGUCACUUUUAAAACCGGGGUCCGGUUUUCUUGGAGGGGAGGCAUGUCACAAUUAUUCCUUAAAUGGAAUUAAAUUAUUUUUAUUCGACUCAGUAAAUAAUUUAACAUCCUGUAUGUUAAAUUAUUUCUGAAUAGUAGGUCGAUUUCGAAAUACUUUUAAAUCGUAGAGAAUGCAUUUCAUAGUUUCAUAAGAAUUAAGUUAAAAACUAAUGAACUUUGUGCUGACUCGACGAUUUUGGAAGUCUUGCGAAAUCGAACCUAGUCGGUUUUUUUUUAAGGGGUCAUGGAGAGUUUUGCGAGACGGCAAAAAGGGUGGUCGUCAUCGAUCGCAAAAAAAAAUAAUCGUGGUUCAUAAAAUAUAAAGCAUAAAUUAAAUACUUAUAAAUAUUUCUGAAAAUAAAAUAAUUUCAAAUAACCAAUCUCAAAAAAAAAUAUAUAUAACUCUACAGCAAAAAAAUUCUGCAAUUUCAAGAAAUUUUGCAUUUCCAGAGCAUUCUUCAAUUCCAGAACAUUCUGUAGUUCCAGAAAAUUCUUCUGAUUUUCCCGAAGAAGUCAUAAAUAAUGUAUUUAACAAUGAACAAAAUCGAAAAGAAGAAUUCUGUUCAUCUCAUCUGUCAGUACCGAGAAGGGAACACCGAAACAGAAUUGAGAUGUGCCAGGUACGGACUUAGCUUUAGUGUCCAAUAGUGUGCAAGUCGGUCGAACAUUAAUUGAGAGAUGGAUUUUGCUAAAAAACAAGUGUGUGAGUGAGCGUAAAAAAUAAAAAGACUUAAUUGUAUAGUAAUUAAUUUUUUUGUUAUAAUUAUUUUUUUAUUCAAUUAGUCAAUUUAUAUAUUUACUUAUUCAUUUUUAAAUAAUUUGUUUUUUUUUAUAUUUGUUUUGUAUGUAUUGUAUAUACCCUUUUUUUACACAUUUGCAUGACAACAUAUUUGUUAAUUUUAAAACCGGGGUCCGGUUUUCUUGGAGGGGAGGCAUGUCACAAUUAUUCCUUAAAUGGAAUUAAAUUAUUUUUAUUCGACUCGGUAAAUAAUUUAACAUCCUGUAUGUUAAAUUAUUUCUGAAUAGUAGGUCGAUUUCGAAAUACUUUUAAAUCGUAGAGAAUGCAUUUCAUAGUUUCAAAACAAUUAAGUUAAAAACUGGGCUAAAAUCCGACGACGUAGCGAAGUUUUGCUACUUCUGGCAACAGUGAACGAUAUCCUACUUAUACGGCCCUUCUACAAAUUUCCUCCAGAGGGCGUAUCACUUAGCUUGAAUCGCGAAUAGACUGAGGCGUUACCGGUGGUCCACCCCUAUGUAUUUGUUAGCAAAAGUAUGAGUUUCAUUCCAGUUAAUAAUAUUAAAGAUUCGUAAAUAACAUAGCAGGUGCGGAUACAAGGGGAGAGUAAAAGGGUAAUUCCCACUCCCGAGCUUCUAGAAGAAAUACACUGACAUUUAUUAAAUUGUAACCUCGAGGUGUUAAGAAAAAGCAAAAAACAAGAUGGUGCCGACGAAUAAAGUUAUUUAACACCCCCCUCCGAGAUAUUGUAUCAUGUAAAAAUAUAGUAAAUUAAAAUCAAAACCUGUCACAGGAAUUUGAAUCAAAAAUGUUAGUUCAACUAAAAGUUAUUUCGUGUUACUUUUGUAUAGCAUUUACAGUUACAUAAUUUUAUACUACAUAUUUUAAUUAGUUUGAUUAUUCACUUUUAUCUGUGUAUUUUUUUUGUAAAAAGUUUAUAUUAUCUAUUCCAUAUUAUUAUUAAAAAACUGUAUUCUACUGGCUAAAAACAAUUGUUGUUUAGAACACCCUGUAUAGUAGUUGUUAAAUAAAUUGAAAACAAAAAAAAGAGUGAGGAGGUUUUUAUCAUUGAGAUUAUACCGAUUAGUGAAUUUUAUUUUUUAAAAUGAAUUCAAAUUAAAAAUUAUUUUAAAAAUGGCUCGUUUAGAAAGAUCUAGUUGAUUACGUUUGUUACUGUACUGAAGCUACUAUCAUCGUUUAAACAAUUCAAAGGAGUUACUGUCAUUGCGAGAGGAUCAGCAAGUAACUGGCAUGCGAGCUACUGGAAUUAGUUCAACAAUUUUUGUUAUUUAAUAAAACUCUUCGCAAUCGGGGGCAAUAUUAUAGUGGCGGACAGUAGAGAUACAGUCAGUGAAAUGGCCAAAAGUGAGGACAGUAAUGGUUUUCAUUAAAAAGUUCUAGUGGCAAUCAAUUGCUAGUUUGUUUGAGAAUGGUAAGUGCAAUAUUGAUAUGUAAGAACGUAGAGGAAGGAGGUUGUUGAAGAGUACGAGGAACCUGUUGAUGAGGCUGUAACAUUGUAUAUUAUUUAAGUGUAAAGCUCCAAGAAAAAAUAAUCCAAAAAAGGGUGUGCUGGAAAAAGACUGGGUAUGUCGCAGAGAUCACCUAGGAGCUUGAUUCACAAUACUUCAGAAAUUUGCAAGGAGAAUCCUGUGGAAUACAAGAGAAAAUUUAAACAGCUGUGUAAUUUAAUUGAGCGUAAACUAUAGAAAAAGAAAUACUCUAAUAAGAAACACUGACACAAACCUGUUUGAUUUUAGUAACAGCCAAUAUUCAGCUAGACUUUGAAGCAGAAGUACCUCUGUACAAGGAGACAGUAAAGGUAUAAUUAAUAGCACUUCUGUCUCCAUUUGCAGAGUGCUUAACGUAAGUACUGACCAGCUUGCAACUGUUGGCGACUUAUUUACGGAUGUUGACAAUAUAUUUGUUGGAUCUUUAUCUUUGUCGGCUACAACCAGCAGGGUUAUUCUACUAAAUUUAUAGCCCGGCUACAAGUUGGAUUUUGAAGUUAGGAACAUAUAAAGUUCAAGCCAAAAUCCAACUUGUAGCCGGGCUAUAAAUUUAGUAGAAUAACCCUGCAGAUAGUUUUAGUUUUAGCCCAGAAUAUUGCGGUUUUUUGGAUCUAUUGUAUUCCCCUGCUGUCCCUGUAUUCAGUUACUGCGUCUUAAUAGGCACACUUUGUUUAGUUUCCCUAGGUUCCUUACCAAGUGUUUAUGGUGCAUGUUCCUUGAUUUCUGAACCGAAAAGGGUAUAUUCCUCCAAGCCAGAGCUUUGCGUUCGAAGAUGACAUGGUAUGAGAUGUAUUUCUCUUCGAUACAAAGUUUACAUGUAGUGGGAUCAUUGUUUAGUUCCAUCACAUGAAGAUAUUUCAGUAAGCAUUGUCGAUAUUUUAGUAUUCUAGCGUUAACAUUCUAAUGAGCCAAUUCCUCAGGGUAAUUAAAUGGGUAUUGGUAUAUUAAAAAUAUUCUUUACUGUUAAAUCGACACAAUUCAACAGUUAUAAACAAAGUUUGGUUGGACAACAAACCACAACUGCACAACUUGAGUCAUUUCAUUACGAGUUUGACCUAACAAAACGUUUUUAAGCUAGUCUGUUUUAUGUUGUCUGUUUGUUUUUCCCGACACCAGGCACCAGCCAGUGGCUUUGGCCUUGUUGCCACAUCUUUCUGAAAGUCUCAGCUCUGCGCACUUCCAAAUUGAUUGGCAACAUUGCUCGUACUGUCUAAACGAGCCUUAAUUUAAGUUUCGAAUAUAUUAAAAAUCUCUUCAUUCAAACGCUUUAAACACUAUUUUUAGACCAUGAAACUGAACCAAAUUUUUCAUUUACGUUAAUUUCUUUAAAUUAAAUAUUGUGAUCUACUGCUGUUACAUAGUUGUAACAUAUUAGAUUAUAAUAUAGGAUGUUUGAUUGGGCAAGAGAUAUAUGUUAACUGAAAAUAGGUAACUAAAUAAAUAUAUCAUACUUAAUGAGUCUUAAAACCCGCAUAACCCAUAUACAGGAUAUUUUGUCCGCAAUUAUUUUACUCAAAUUUUUAAAAUGUUUUUGAAAAUUCUGGUAAACGAUGUUGCUAAGAGGAUCCGAUAAUAAUUUAUUAAUUCUUGUUUAGUAUACCUAAUCCUUUGGACACUUCAAGGAAAAUUUAAAAUUUAAAAUAUAUAGUUAGUUAUUAGGUUACUACAUAUGACAACAAAAAAGUAUAUUUUGUUUAACGAGCGAGAAAUGGUACUCAUGCGAAUGCUGCAAAUCAUACGAGUAGGAAAUGAGUAUUCCUUACGAGUUGAAUACGAUACUUUUUUACAGCAAUAUCACGCUGAUUACACUGUAAUAUAAUGAACAAAUAAGGAUAUGUACCUCACGCCUUAAUCAAGAAAAGUUGAGAAAGAGUAGUUUUGUAUUUGUAGCUGUAACAAAAAUACUUUACACCUCUCUUAUGAAGGCAUGACGCAGAAAAUGUUAUAGAGCAAGAAUGGUUGAGUAUAAUAAACCAUCAUGUUUAUGCUUGGUGAGAAUAAAGUCUGUAUAUACCUUACUGAGACAUAAACUGACGAAAAAAAUCAAGAGGAAUACAAAUAGCAGAACUAAAAAACCUACCCUGAUCAAGGAAAGUAAAAAUGUAAAGGCUAUAUUAGAGGUUGUGGAAAAUUAAUAUGUCCAAAGGACUAAAUAAAAUGUUAGUGUUUACAAUUUCUUUGAAAGAUAGCAAGAUCCUACUGACUGCGCCAAGUUAAAGAACAAUAAAAUAUAGUGCAGAUAAAUGCUUUGUCAGCUCUGACAAAAUAAUAUCUACCAAAAUUUCAAAACAAAAACUUAAAAUAACAAAACAUUUUGUUGAUUUGGACAAUUAGUAUUAACUAGGAAUGAUAUCUAACAGUAUAGAACCCUUUAAGUACGGUAUAUCUAGAAUCAACUGGUAAUUCCGAUUCACAUUUAACUUAUAUGCGUUUCCCAAUAAAAUACCCUGAAUAGUUGUAACAUAUUAGAUUAUAUUAUUUUUUAUUUAAAAUUAAUAUCAAUGUUAAUUAACACUUUCUUCCUACAAAGAGACUAUAGCUAUAGCUAUUUCUGUAAAAAUUGAGUAACACAAAUCGAUAUCUACGAAAAUUUGCAGAAAUAUGCCGUGUAAUUUAUAAAAUUAUCAGAAAUAGCUGUUGUAGAUUUUUCCUAUAAUACAAUAUAAUUGUAUAUAUCUAUAAAUAAAAUGUUGACAUGUUGUGUAUAUGAUAAAGAUAUGUAAACAAAAUAUUAGAAGUGUUAUGGCCCUUUUAUCUUAUAUAGAUGUAACUCGAACACCAUUCCCGGGCCCAAUAUAUUAGUUGUAAAUUUUUUUGAAGAGAUGAUUUUGAAGAUCUUAUCACUAACGGCAUGAAUAUUAGAAAAAUAUUGUAUAUACUCAGUUGUUUCACAGUAAAUUUCUCUACUUCAAAUAUUAUUUGCUUCUACUUCUAAUUCGUUAAAAUAUACUACGCCCCUGCAAGAAACAUUUGGAUAUUUAUUAUUAUUAAUUGACAUGAACUAAGAAUCGAAGUCCUAUGUAGAUCAAUAUUUAUAAUAUCAAUUAAAUAUAAAUUAUUAAAAAUAUUGGAAAAAUUUCAUAAACAUCAAGGGCAUUGAAUCCAUACCAUUGGUGGCCGUAUUAACAUCUUAACCGCUAGACUACAGAAACGUAUCUAGUAAUUAAUAUGGGGUUAGAAAAUUCAAUGUUGAUUUUUUUACACCAGAUUAUUUAACGAAGUUUACUUCUCUUUAUUCGAUACGACUUGUAAAGGAUUCGGCAAGCACCAGAUGGAGAUACUGAAUAUUACAAGGAUUUCAAUUUUUUUUUUUUUUGAUUUAAAAUCUUCUGGUGGAAGAGUGUAAAACCUAGAUCGUUAAAAUCAUUAAUAUAAAAUAAACCAAUAAGAACGCAUUUGAAAAAUAAAAACGAACAAGCAUAUUACAGAGAGACUGACAUUAUUUUGCUUCAGUUAUCCUACUUUUGUUUUUAAAUAUUUUAUUAAUUUUCUUAUAGAUAGGAUAAAUAAAUCUUAUUUAAUUUUUGUCUUUCUACAUUAAUAAUUGCUUUUGGUUUCAUGAUUGCGAUUAUAGCAUAAAUAAAGUAAAUUAAGUGUAAGGGGUUAAAGAAAAGGUCCUUUAUUUCUCACAAGUCAAUUUAAUUGGCGACCGGUUUCGAAGUUGUCACUUCAUCAUCAGAUGAUGAAGUGACAACUUCGAAACGGUCGCCAAUUAAAUUGACUUGUGAGAAAUAAAGGACCUUUUCUUUAACCCCUUACACUUAAUCCCUACUACUCACAUAUGGCUACCCUCACUCCAAAUCAUAAAUAAAGUUGUAAAUACUCAUACAAGGUUUGUUAUAAUUAUUGCAAUAAUUGUCUUCCGUUUAUCAUAUCACUUUAUUCCAAUAGUUUGGGAUUUGCUACUUUUUACUAGCAUUAUUUAUCUGUUUAUUAUUGUAUGGAGAAUAUUUAAUUCAUGAGGCAACUGAGUAACAUACAAUUUUUAGAAGUGCACUAGCUUCUUGGAGUGGCAAUACUUAUCAAGGUAUUUGUAAAGCGUAUAUAUAUAGAAAAAAAACUAUGUCUUGAUAAUUUAGAUUUAGUUUUAGUUAAAAGAUGGAGAUUCCAUAUUAUUGGCUUUUAUUAUUAAUAGCUAGUGUAAUAUCACUUUAUUACAAAACUAUGUUGAUUUUUAAAUGUAAUAAUAA